CAGAUUGGAGAGGACCGGGCAUGACAUUUAUUUAAAUAUGUUCAGGAAUGUGUUUCACACGAUGAAGUUCUUCGGCAUGUUGUCACAAACAGUGUCCUCUGCAGACAGCUGCAGGUGACGUGCAGAAAUGUCCAGUUCACAACAGGCACUGCGCAAACACUGGACGUGCAGUCCCCCGAUCAGUUCCGAGGACGGCUCUGUGGGGUGUAGGUGCCGUCUCUCUUCAUUUGCAAAUAACACGGUCGAGCAUCAGGAGUCCUGAUUAACUUGCCCACAACAACAGAUGGUGUGGACCAAAUCGUUGUGUGUGCAGACAUGUGCAGGUGUGUCUCAGUGUUUGUGAGCUCGUGGCUGUUCCUGGCAGAGCUGUACCAGGUCGUCCUUGGACAAGAGGAGGAAGGUUCCCGUACGCCAGCUCUGUCAGAGGAGUGCACACACAGGGGUCCUGUGCUCCCACUGGGCGCCCGGCAGGCGGGGCUGGGGCUUGUUAGCUGAGGAGACACUCAGUCUUCGUGGGGAAAUAUGUGCCCAUUUGUUUUGCUUUUCCUUAGGGGCAUCAUUGAAGCGCGUUUUGUGUAUGUGUUUGUCCUCGGCAUUCUGUUCACGGGCAUCAAAGACAUGCUUAAGUCUCAAGUCCUCGCUGCAGGCAUCCCAGUCAAGACUGUAGGUCUGUGGGACGUGUACAGUGGACUGGUGCUCCUGACAGCCUUGCUCUUCAGACCACAUAACCUUCCCGUCCUGGUGUGCAGCCUCUUGAUCCAGACCGUGAUGACCAAGUUCGUCUGGAGGCCCCUGAGGCACGGGGCCGCUGAGGUCACCGUCAUGCACUAUUGGUUUGGUCAAGCGUUCUUCUAUUUCCAGGGAAACUCCAACAACAUCGCCACGGUGGACAUCUCGGCGGGCUUCGUGGGCCUGAACACCUACGUGGAGGUCCCAGCCAUGUUCCUGACGGCAUUUGCGACGUAUGCGGGGCCCGUGCUGUGGGCCAGCCACUUGGUGAACUUCCUGAGUUGGGAGCCCAACAGCGGUCCGGCGCUGAGGCGCGCCUGCUUCUGCUACGCGCUGCUCAGCUCCGUGCCCGUGUCCGCCUACGUCGUCCUGGUGACGGCCCUGCGCUACCACCUGUUCAUAUGGAGCGUGUUUUCCCCGAAACUCCUCUACGUGGGCAUGCACCUGCUCGUCACCGCCACCCUCUGCCUGGGCUUCACCGCCGUGGACCGGGCCGGCGCCAAGGCAGACGCUGGGAAAGUAGCGCAUUGUUAAAGCCUACUGUUUACUUCGUGGGUUUGAUUCAUAAAAGUAGGUGUAAGUUCAAGAUUAUUCUAAAAAGAAGAGGUGAGUCCUACAGUGUGGGUGAGUAGCUCCAGUUGCUUGGACGACUAUGCUUGACGUUGAAUUCAGUAGUAAGUGGCUAAUAAAAGGUCACUUUAAAAUA